AGAUUCUCUUGUUUAUAAUGAAAACAGAAAAACCCGUUGUAACCAGCAGCAGCAGCCAUGGCGUCGUUGACGACGAUGAUAACAGUUCCGUCGAAUUUCCCCUCCCUUGGACUUCCCAUGCACUUUUCUGUGAGAAAACACUGCACUUGUGUCGGUGCUUAUCAAAAUGCCGCCACAAAAAUGGGGUCAUAUAGCUCUCAACAUAAUCUUUUCACUCGUGUGCAUGAGAUUGGUAUUGCACGCUUAUCCAGGCCGAUAUUCGCAGCCGGUUCAGGUCUAGAGGCAUCCAUUGCGGAAGAAAAUGUGAUAAAGUUGAAAACCACAAAGAUUGUUGUCGAGUCCCAAGAUGAGAAUAGCAUACAAGUUAGAGUGGACGUGGCUGGGGAUGAAACGCAAAAAGUUUUUGAUCAGGUUUUGACAAAUUUGGCACGCACAGCUCCACCAGUUCCAGGAUUUCGCAGACAAAAAGGAGGAAAAACAUCAAAGGUUCCAAAAAGCUUUCUCUUGGAUAUACUUGGUAAAGAGCGUGUCACAAAGUUUGUCAUACAAGAAUUAGUAAGCUCUGCUAUGGCUGAUUAUGUAAAGCAGGAAAAUCUGACUGUGAAGGAAAACAAGAUCAACACCACCCAAUCGGCAGAAGAACUCCAAUCGUUGUUCACUCCGGGGAAUGAAUUUGCAUUUAAUGCUAUAGUUGAACUUGAAAAGUCAGAAAUUGAAAAGCCAACCUGAAUCUCUCAUGGGAUUGUUAAGCAGGCCCAGUAAAAAAAAAAUGUGAAAGAAACUGCAGAAAACUUUUUCCGAGUGCUUAAUCGGAAUGUUCUUUUCAUGUGGGAUGGUGGAAAAGAAAAUUUUGUAAAUCCUUAUGUACCUAAUUCAUAUCUUUUGGAUCAUCUGGCGACAUUAGCAUAUAAUCACCAAAAUCCUAGAGUAUGGUUUUCUUGUCU